GUGCACGAGUGUCAGUGUGUUUGUGUGUGUUUCUGUGUGUUGUGUACCGGAGGGGAGCCGUGUCUCUCCGCACAGACCGAAAGAAGAAACCCGAGCGCGGAGCAUCAAUGAACGGAGGACGGGAGGAUGCGGACGGCGGUCUGUAGCGGAUCUACCGGGCGUGUGAGAACAAGGACGACAUGAUUGUGAGAGCGGAAUUCAUUGAUUUGAUUGUCGGUAUCGCUGGAUUUUUCUGUCCACCGAAUGAAUCUGGAUGGUGAAGAAGGGACCUGCAAUGGAGCGUCGAUCCAGCGCGUGAGAUUUGCUGACCGUCUGUCUGUGCGUAAGCUGAUAUUACAGACAAUACGAGCAAGAAAUUAGCCAUUACAUUCACUGGCAUCUCAUUAUUUGUGUUAGAUAUCUCAGCAGUCUGUGUUUGUAGCUAUUUCUUUUAUGAUAUGAUCAAGAAACCAUACUGAAUUUCAUAUUAAUGAUAAAGGAAUCAAUGGUUACACAAUUCCCAGGCAGACAAGAGGCCAAUUAAAGGCACCAGUAAGGUUUUUUUGAUUUUAGUAGUAAUACUGAAUUCUUCCUUGGUUGUUUUCAUAAACAAGAGGCAGCCAUGUCCAAAAAUAAGAGCAGUGAGUCAGUGAAGGUGGUAGUGCGAUGCCGCCCUCUGAACCGGAAAGAAGAGUCAAAUGGGCCUGCAGGUGGCAUCGUACAAAUGGACCUCCGGCUUGGACAGGUAAUCCUCAGAAACCCUCGAGCGCCAGCCAGCGAACCCAUGAAAACAUUCACAUUUGACGCUGUUUACGAUGCAAACUCAAAGCAGCGAGACCUCUACGAUGAGAGCGUUCGACCGCUCAUCGAUUCAGUUCUCGCAGGGUUCAACGGCACCAUAUUUGCGUACGGACAAACUGGAACUGGGAAGACGUACACCAUGCAGGGAGCCUGGCUGGAUCCAGAAAAACGCGGUGUUAUUCCCAAUGCGUUCGACCAUGUCUUCACUCAUAUCUCCCGCUCCCAGUCUGAUAAACAGUACCUGGUGCGGGCGUCCUACCUCGAAAUCUACCUGGAGGAGAUACGGGAUCUCCUAGAUCCUAACCAUGGCAGCGCUAGAGCCUUGGAGCUCAGGGAGAGUCCAGAUUCAGGGGUGUAUGUGCGGGAUCUAACAUCAUGUGUCUGUAAAAGCAUCAAGGAGAUCGAGGAGGUGAUGAAUGUAGGGAACCAAGCAAGGGCAGUUGGUGCGACCGACAUGAAUGAGCAUUCCUCUCGAUCACACGCCUUGUUCCUGAUCACAGUGGAGUGCAGCCAGCCAGGUCCAGACGGGAGGAAACACAUCCGAGUUGGACGCCUCAAUUUGGUGGAUCUGGCUGGAAGUGAGCGCCAAGCAAAAACUGGCGUCCAGGGAGAACGCCUGAAAGAAGCAGCCAAGAUCAACCUUUCCUUAUCCGCACUGGGGAAUGUGAUCUCAGCAUUAGCUGAUGGACGAAGCGGUCACGUUCCCUAUCGGGACUCCAAGUUGACUCGACUUUUGCAGGACUCUCUAGGUGGAAACGCAAAGACUGUCAUGGUCGCCACUUUAGGCCCAUCCGCGCAGCACUACGACGAGACCCUGACAACCCUUCGCUACGCCAACAGAGCCAAGAACAUCCAGAACCAACCAAGAGUCAACGAGGAUCCCAAAGACGCUCUCUUGCGUGAGUUCCAAAGGGAGAUUGCUCGACUGCGGGCACAGCUCAACCACAGGAAGUGGAGGAGCAAGCAGAAGAAGGAGGGGCAGUUGGACGGAGAGAGCUGGGAUGAAGGCACGGAGGGUGAGGAUGAAGGUGAGGAGGUGGAGAAGGAGGCCGAGGAGUACGUGAAGCUGGAGGAGCAGCGGCUGGAGAGGGAGAAGGAGGCCAUCAGAGAGGAUCAGUUCCUGUUGGCGGAGGAGAAACAGAGGCUCCUGGGGGAGAAGGAGAGGAUGAUGGGAGAUCUGAGGAAGGAGCAGGAGGCCACAGAGCAGCUGACAGCCAAAUACAAGGCGAUGGAGAGCAAGCUGCUGGUUGGUGGAAAGAACAUCAUGGAUCACACCAACGAGCAGCAGAAAAUGCUGGAGAUGAAGAGGCAGGAGAUCGCCGAACAGUCUCGUCGUGAGAGGGAGAUCCAGCAGCAGAUGAUGACCCAGGACGAGGAGACGCUGGAGUUGAGGGAGACGUUCACUUCUCUGCAGCAGGAGGUGGAGGCCAAGACCAAGAAACUCAAGAAGUAUCGAAAGCUUUACGCCAAGCUGCAGUGCAUCAAAGCGGAGAUCCAGGACGUGAACGACGAGCACGUGAGGAGCCGACAGGAGCUGGAACAAACUCAGAAUGAGCUGACGAGAGAGCUCAAGUUCAAGUAUCUCAUCAUUGAGAAUUUCAUCCCCCCGGAGGAGAAGAAUAAGAUCAUGAACAGGCUGACCUUUGACCCCGAGGAGGAUCAGUGGAAGUUUCAGCCUCUUGUUCAAGCUGAAAGUAAAUCUUCACAGAUGAAGAAAAGGCCAGCAUCUGCAGUCGGAUACAAACGGCCCAUCAGCCAGUACGCCAGAGUUGCAUUAACGAUGGGAGCUAACUCAAGAUACAGGGCUGAGAACAUCAUGUUUCUGGAGCUGGACAUGACUCCUCCAAACGUCGCCUCUCUGGAUCGCUCGACAGAGGCGGAGCAAAACCAAAGUCACUCUGUAGACAGCUCGCCCACCAAGGACAGGGGAGUCCAAAAGUCUCGCUCCUGGUGUCAGACUCCAAAAUCCAUCACCUCUUCUUCUUCUAAUGUUUCUUUGUCAGCAUGUCAUGCUGCUGCAGCCAUGGCAGCUCAGUAAAGCUUUACUGGAGACUUUGAAAAAAUUAUUUAUUUAAUUCUGUUUCAUCCUGAAAGACUUCUCAAAGAGGCGACUGACAGCAGGGAAGACUCACCAACACUUCUUCUGCUGACUCUGGACAGAUUUAAGACCGUUAAAAAAAGAAAUUAAGAAGGAAAUACGGACACAAAAUGGAUCUCCAAAAACAAUAUUUCCUCCUGUUAUAUGGAUGUAAAGACCCACCAGGACCCCUUCUUCCCUGCAUGAGCCUCGGAUCAUCCUCUUAAACAACUGGGUGGACCAGACUGUCCUGUGUGUGCGUGUGUUGUGUGUAUAUACAGGGCUGUGUGAUUGCCUGUUUGUGUUCCUAAAUGUGGCCAAUACAGCUUGAAUUGCCUGUAAGAUAACAGUGUAGAUAUUUCAUGUCUUUGGGGGUAUUUCUGGGCAGGUUUUGUCUGUUUUCUGUGUUAAAUAUAGAACGAAUUAAUUCACAAAGAGGAGAGUUUACAUCCAUAUCAGCUGAAAAUGUCAGUGGUGGUCAGAUGAGGUGCUCUGAAACCUGAAUGAUGACCUUAAUCACAGCUGUUGUCACUCAUUUCAACGUUCUUUCUUCUCAAACAUGUGUAAAACAUGGAGGUUGCUGUUUAAGGUCACCCAUUUGUUUGCUGUCUGCUGUAUUAGAGCCUUGAAUUUACUGUUUUUGGUCAGCCAUGGAGCACGAGAGAGCGAAGCCAAGAUGUCAGCUUAUGAUUGUACAGUAUAUUUAUAUGGACAGGGCUUCUCCAUUUCCAUCUAUUUUAUAAAGUGAAGCCAAAAUACUCCCCUGAAGGGUGUCAACCUAAUGUCAAAUAUCCCCCAAGUGGAUACAGUCCCCCGCAGAAAAGGAAAUGAUGUCUUUUUGGAGCAGAUACCCACUGAUAUGGAGCAUUUCAUGACCGUUUUGUUAGUUUUUGUCAACUAUUCCCUCACUUUUCCUCCUCCAGGAAUGCUGCAAGAAGCUACAUUUGUCAAGAGCUGUCAGUCAUGAUGCUACAUCUGCUCUUUCUCACAUCAAAUAACUCAUUAAAACAUUGCACCAUCAGUCCGUGGAGUCACCUAGCCAAGCCUCUGCACCAAGCCUACACUGUUGUCCAUACCAUGUGGUCUGCAGUACUCCACCCAAAUGCUACUCAGCAGUAAAGUUUUUAUGCCAGUUCCCGGUUCCAGUGCUACAUUUCCCACUUAUUUGUGUACAAGAAACCAUAGCGAUUGAAACCGAACAUAUUGUGUUGUAGUUUGAGCUAAUAUAUAUUAGGUUAGGUUAGGUAUAGGAGUAGAUGCCAGUUCGGCACUUCACCGUGUCAACCUUGGUCCUGUAAUGCUCCAUCCUCCAGCCCAGGUAGCCUCCCAACUGACUCCUCCACAAUGCACACUGUUGCCCCAUGCGUCUGGAUCAGCACACCAGGUCCUGGGCACCCAGUAUGUGGUGAGCUGGGUCAGGCCCAGGAGAGGAAAGCGGACCAGGUGUCUGUAAAAGUGCAGCUGGCAUUCCAUUAUCAGGCAGCUGAUCCUUCCCAUCCCCGCUCUCCUGAGGAAAUCAGCAUUAGAUGCACGGUCUUUCCAGCAAUCCCCAAAAAUGUGCCAAAGAGAAGUCGCCACUAAGGAGUCCAGCUGGCACUUCUGGCCAUCAGUCAACUUCCAUGUAUCACAACAGGGCUGAAAGGCUGGCUUUCAUUCAACACCACACUGUCUCGCUCAGUGAACCCAUCGCCCAGUCCGCGAGUCCAAGUCUGCGGUUGAACUGGUGAACUGCUCUACAUCUUCCACGCUCUCACCAUUCACAGACACAGAUUCAAUGGCAGCAUCCAAGGCGUCCUCAAAUGCCUGCAUUUUUGUUGUGCAUUCCCAAUGCUUCAGCCUCCUCACUCAGUAAGUUAAGAGCAAGGGCAUGUACAGUCUCCACAAAAAUCACAGCAUCACUUUGUCAAAUGGCACUCCACAGUUCACUGCCACUGUAACCCAACCCAACCUGCAGUUAUUUAUCUUGCUCUAGCAUACAAACAGUAUGCCUGUAGACAUUCUUAGAGACUGUUACCUGAUGCUGCACAGUGGACCAAUCACAGAGCUAGCUGUCUGCAAAAUUUCAAAGUGUAGUUACAUUUUUGAGGAGGUGUACCUCAGACUUCUACAUAGGAUUCAGGCUUUCACCAAGAUGCAUUUGCUCUGUUGCUGUCAUUUUUAUCAAGAUGCAUAUUUGGCAAGCAGAGAAAAGUAUGUUGUUUUUCUUGCCGGAAAAGUUAAUAUCUCCUUUUAUUUUUGCUCCAAGUCCACACAAACCAAAAGUUCCUCACACAAGCUUUUAAGUAAUAAUUGUGUGAUCAAAUAUUUGACUCUUAAGUUGGACAUAGGCUGUCACUUGGUAUUUUGGCUGCGGUCUUCUCUCAGGUGUGUUCGGCUUGGUGUCACUGGGUUCAUUACCUGCAGGAGCUUAAGAGGAGCAGAUUGUGGGGUUAGGCUGACUAAUUAUGUCUGUAUUAUUGAUGACAAAGAUCCAGUUACAGAUAACCCCCCUGCAGGCUGUAAGAGAGCACACAGCAGUCUUUUGAUAGCAUGAAGACACUAAAUGCAUUAGCAGUGUGCUGCAUUUGAACCUACUGUCCUUUAGUGUUGCGUAAAGACUGAAAAUAUGCUCCAGGUGUUACAGAAAAUACAUUGGCAUUCAGCAUAAGAAGCUUCACUCCUACUAAUUUUGAACACAGGUAUCUACUCAAAAAUCAUUCAAAUAAAUGUGAUCAGCAAAAUGUCAAAGCCUGUUUCUGUUGUUCAAAUUACAGUCAGAUGUUUCCAGUGAAUCUCAAAUCUGUGUUAACCUACUUCCUCCACUGUGUCAGCCGUUUACAGAAGCACAUUGAGGAUUUUCUGUGUUUAGUCGACAGUAAACUGGUCCUUAAUUGACCCAGUUUGUUAAAGAGGAGCUGUGAAUGUUUGAGGCUCCGUAGAAUUGUUCCUUUAUUUGUUAAUGAUGGUGAAAAUGAGGGUUAAAACACAUGCAGUUAUACCUUUAAAGCAGCAAAUGAUUCAACAGAAAAUCUAAUUUAUAACAGGAUAUUCAUCCAGCAAAGAUCUAGAAUAUAGAAGCAAAAAUGAUCAAAAAUGAGCUAAAGCUUCUUGUUUAAAUAUUUAUCAGAGUCUGCUGAUUAUUCGCUGUUUAAUGCAGCAUCAGUCGUCUCUACAGCCUGAAGAUAUCAUAAAUUUUCUCUAAAAAUAAAGCAGACAGUGAUGAAAGGACUGACGAGAUUGUUUUGAAUUGAUAUGAGACUGAAAUUAAAUGAGAAAUAAGCAAAUUCUUUUGCAUCUCACAUUGCCCAUGUAAACAUUUUUCAUAUUUGUUGUUAAAAAAAAAAGGUUAAUAUGUUGUAAUAUAUUGUAAAAAUGUGUGUGA